UCAGGUUUACUCGGUCAGAUGGUUUAGUGUGAAGGGGUGAGAGGCAGAGAAAGAGGUCCUGGAGGGUCAUACAAACGUCAGAUUGUAAAGCUUUGUAUAAAGUAACCGUGUCAUCGCAGGGCAUCACCACAGACAUAGACAUGGACUUCAUGUGGCUGUACUCGCUGAGUCAGUGCAUCCUCGCUGUGGCUGUGAUCGUGGUAAGUGUCAGGUUGUGCUUGGCGGUCAGUGGCACCGGCGCCGUGGCCGACAACCAAGAGGGAACCCAGACUGGCGGACGUCAACCCGGGAGCGUCUCCUGCUGUCUGCGGCUGUGCCUGGGUUGGGUGGGGGCAGUGGGGGGGGCACUGAAAGUCCCAGUAACUGUGUUACUCAACCUGCGGACCCCCCAGUGUCUGUACACCUGCAUUACCUUGGUGUGUUUCCCCCUGCUGGUCAGGCAGUUUACCAUGUUCCUGCUUAUACUAAUCACACUGGACACCCGCCUGCAUGAUCAUCUGGCAAACAGGUACUCCUCCAUGGUGACCCGUCGUCGAGCUCUGUGUGUGGUCCUGCUGUGCUGGGUGGCCUCUGUUCUGUCUUCCUUCGCACAGUUCUUCAGCUCCGAUGUCGUCAACACCCGGAAAAAUGGUGGUAGUGGUCCAAGCACAACUGGCCUUGAGCUGCAGGGCAACUGGACAACUUCUUUACCUCUCCUCACCCCUUCCACACUCCCAUCAUGGCACCACCAUGACCGUAAGGUCAUUGGGAAGCACCUUCCAUACGGAGGCUUCCUGUCCAAGUUUUAUGUGGAGGACAUGCAGAACUUCACCUAUGCUGAGAUUCACCGCAGUCACUGGGUCGUGUGUUCUCCUGACACUGUUCUCACUCCCACAUUUCUAGUCUAUGUUCAUGGGAUGAUGGCUUUUAUGCUACCAUUGCUUUGUCUGUCAGCACUUUACCUUAACAUGCUCUGCAUCAAGCACAGGAAUAUAUCUAUCGACCCUUCAAAACGAGAUUCCUGCCAGGUCCGCACCCUGGCUCUGUCCCUCUCCCUUCUAGUUCUGCUGUGUCUGCCGAUCCACGUCGUCCAUGCUCUCUUGCUUUUCAAUCCCAGCAUCGACCCUCCAGCCUGUGUUCAUGCAGUGGCCAUGUUCCUCUUCCAGCUGUACAGCCUCGUUCCCCAGAUUCUCUGCAAACCUUAUUGUACAAAAGUAGGCGAAGAACGAACAACGUUCCCUAUUUCUGUGCCCAACUUUCCACCUGUGGUAGCAGGAAUAUCCAGAGGGAAGUCUGUCAGAUUGGCUCUGUGUGAGGCAGUGCAGGCAGCUCCGUGGUUAUCAGCCAAACACUCCCUCAAAGCCAAAGUGUUCCCCGAUGUCUGAGUUCUUGACACAAUGGGAGACGUGAUCUGUUGUAUUAAAAGUAAUCAUUUUCAAUAAAGGGAUCUUUCGCGUCUGUUGGAGUGUAGUUGCAUGAGGUAAGCUGUGUUUCUAUUGUGCUAUGGUUCGGUUUGGUACAGUAUGGUGCGGUUUGGAAUGGUACAGCCCUGGUUGAGGCUUGUGUUUCGACUGAGAACAGUAACUUUACUUAGUAGGCGAGGUGUGGGCUGUUCCAUUGACGACCACUACACAAUGUUGUGGACAAAUUGGUGAGAAAGGAAAUAACAGUCUUUCAACCAGGAAUGGUCUUUCUUUAGUUUAAUAAGCACACAAAGUUGCUUAUAAAUAAUUAGGCUUUAACGCUAUGAUUCAACGUUCUCCUCUACAAUAACACAGUCGCUCAGUCAUAGAGAUGGUUGGGUGUGGACAGGCACAGUUGCAUAUAGCUGCUUCUGCAUGGAUGAGAUAAGAAGGUGGCUCAUCCUUGUCUUAUGUCCCUCCAUCAAACUCUGACUAUAGGUAAAACAUAAACACCAAGAGUCAGAGAAAAUAUGAUCAGGUCAAACAUAUUUAUAAACAACACACUAAUACAUUACCAAUACAAUUUCCCACAUCACACAACAGACAACAAUGGAGGACAUCCAACAGCUCUUUUAUUCCUGCUCAGUCUGUGGCUGUCUCAACAAGAGGUCGAGCUUUGUUUGAAUGGUAGAAUGCUAUUUAAAAUUGCAGCAACUCUAUAUUUACAUAAUUUAAACAGCUGACUGUUGUAGGUGGAGCUACACUAUAUGGUCAAAAGUAUUUGGCCGCACCUAUUAACUCUUGAUUUGGGGCUGGUUUUCAGGCUUUCGGCUAAACUAUAUUAAUGCUUUAGCAUACCAACACAUUUUGGACUUGCUUUCCAAAUUUGUGGGGACAGUUUGAGGAAGACCCUCUUCUAUUUUAACAUGACUGUGUCCCAGUGCACAAAGCAAGGACUAUAGAGACAUAGUUUGAGAAUUUUGGUGUGGAAGAACUUGACUGGCCUGCGAAGAGACCUGACCUCAAUCUCAUCGAGCCCUUGAACAGCCAGGUCUUCUCGUCCAACAUCAGUGCCUGACCUCAUCAAUGCUCUACAGAAUGAAAGGGCACAAGUUCCUUUAGACUUCAAAAUCUUGUGGAAAGCCUUCCAAGAAGUGUGUACACUGUUAUAUCUGCAAAAAUCCUGAAAUAAAUGAUG